GCGCCGACUGCGUCUGCGCGAGCCGUCUCGAGGCUGGAACCGCGUAGCAGCUGCGGGCCGUGGAAAGAGUGUCUUGGAAUAGUCCGCCGACAGGUACAGGCGGCCUUCUCGAAUUGUGUUAAGGGCCAGGACGCGACACCCCUGCGUCUUUAAGGGCUUCAGACUUGGCUUCUGCGGCCGGCUGGACUCGCUGCUCGUAGGCCCGGACCCUUCCCACUGCUGAACCAACGGGAACGCGGUACCUCCGUGAAUCUGCCAAUAGAGAGCGCUCGGCCGUGGGCAGGCGGGGCCUCUGAGUCUUCCAGCAUCCGGAGCCCAGCACCUGACAGCUGUAAGUAAUGAAUGGAACAAGUACUUUGUUGAGUGAGACUGAUGCAGUUCUGUGCACAGGAGCUCAGAGUCCAUCAGGAGCAGGCCGUCUUUGAGCUGUAUCUGUCUCGUGUAAGGAGUGGGACAGGAGGGAGUCCACGGGAGCUCAGCAAAGAGUGGAGAUAUGGGCUUUAGCCAGAAAGCUCUGAUUGCUUGCUCUGUGGAAAGCCCUUUUAGGGCACCCUCUUCAUAUAAGCACCUGCCAUCUACCCCAUGAGUCACCUUGAGAAACAUGCCACCAUCAGGAACAGAACCCACACCAAGCCUAGUGACUCAGAGUCUCCCACCCAUCCAGAACAAGGAAGAGACAGAAGUACCAGUUGCCUGAUCCAGCCCUUGGAGGAGCUUCCCUAAGCACAAAGCUGGCAGCUGGUGCUUUCCUCAUCAGGGAACUUCUGCCCUCUGCUGGUCGAGACAGGGGAAACAGCUCAGUGCCACCUUGAAAUCCUGGAAGAGACCAAGGCUAACCCUUUUCCCGUGCUGACUGUUGAAGCUGAUGUAUCAAUGCUUCCAUUCCCUGAACUGACAAAGUUUCCUGUAUGAAGCAGAUUUAAGCGUCAGCUUGCUCAGGUCGUUUCUCCAUUGCCUGUCUCCUCGGAUUCAUCACCACUAUGCGGCAUGCUUCAGGUUUAGGUCCUGCUGGGAGAAUGUCAGAUGAAUUUUUGCUGGCAUAUGUGAGCAACAUAAAAGCUGGCCCGGCUCCUCAAGGCUGGCUAGGCUCCGGUCCUCGGAGUAACCUAAGUGCUCCACCAGCUGUACUGUCUGGACUCCCACUAAGUGCAGCACCCUCUGCUUUGCCUUUUCGACCAGCACCAACAGGAAUAUAUCCCUCCAUUCCUCCAACUGGACCACCACCAGGAACCCCAGCAUCCUUUCUUCCUCCUGGACCCUCAUGUCCCCAACCUAGUGGUCCUUAUCCAGCCCCUGCUAUCCGGGGCCCUGGUCCCACAGGGCCAUAUGCUACACCAAAUAUGCCCUUUCCAGAGCUACCUAAGCCAUAUGGUGCACCCCCAGAUCCAGCUGCAGCUGGUUCUUUAGGUCCACGGGGAUCUGUGUCUUCUGGACUUUGGGCAUCAGGAGUGGGAGGGCAGCAUCCCACAGCUCUUCCUCCAGUGUCAGGAGCACUGCCUGUUCCAUGGGGUACUGUGCCACCGGAAGCCUGGGGACCACCAGCACCAUAUACUGCCCCUGCAGGAUCAUAUCCCACACCAGGACCCCGUUCUACUCCAAAUAAUCCAUACCAAGUACCUUCAGGACCUUCUGAUACUCCGCCAGUGCCUGUUGGACCCGAUAAAACGAGCGAAGUGCCAGGUGGCUCUUCCCGUCCUGAGGCAUCCAACCAGGAGAGCACCCCAGAGACCACUGGACAAGCGAAGCAACCGAAGGUAGAUGACAAACUCAUCAAGAGGAGGCGUCCUAAGAAGAAGAGUAAGCCAGUAACUUGGGGAGACAUCAAGACUUUAACUCAUGAAGCUGAGACCUUGGGGAAACAACAAGGGCACAAUACUACUGACCCCAAAAUGAUGCUGUUAUGUUUAAUGACUAUAUUACAUGUUAAUUCUCAGCGUAGCAAUGCAGAAUCAAAGUGAUUUUUGUCAGCGGGGAUAAAAGGCACACCUGUAAUACCUGUAAUAAACAGUAUGAUGUUGUUUUGCCAAAACAAAAAGACCAAAAAAAAAAAAGAAACCCACUAC